AUGAAGUGCAAGGCCCUCGAGAUCCGCUGGCACGAGACCAAGCCCAUCUUCAGCGCCGACCUGCACAGCGUACCGCCAAGCCAGCACAUCAAGCCCGCCCACCCGUACGCCAAGCUCGGUGCGACCGGCGUCGACAACCACGCCGGCGAGGACGACCACGCGCGCAGCGAGCGUCUUAAGCGCGAGCACGACUCGAACGACCGCGACAAGUCGUGGAGGCUCGCCACGUGCGGCGGCGACAACAACGUUCGCCUCUGGCUCGUCACGCCUCGUCCGCACCCCGACGCGUCCGCCCUCUCGCUUCCCGCCAAGCAGCCCACUUCCGCCGCUCCUGCGCCCUCGAGCUCGUCUUCAUCCGCACCACACGCCAACAAGCCUGCGCCUGAGCCCAAGGUCGAGUACCUCGCCACCCUGAGCCAGCACACGGGCGUCGUCAACUGCGUCCGGUUCGCGCCUGUUGGCGAGAUGCUCGCGUCGGCCGGCGACGACGGCAACAUCCUCAUCUGGGUCCCGGGCGAGAGCAGCAAGAAGAUGGGCGAGACGGACGAGGACCGCGCGUACGAGAAGGAGAGCUGGAGGGUCAGGAGCAUGAUCAGGAGCAUGUCGGGCAAGGAGAUCUACGACCUCGCGUGGUCGCCGUCGGGCGACCGCCUCCUCGCCGGCUCGGUCGACCACACGGCGACCAUCUACGACGUCCUGUCGGGUGCGCCGCUGUACAAGAUCGCCGAGCACACCAACUACGUCCAGGGCGUGUGCUGGGACCCGCGCGGCGAGCUCAUCGCGACGCAGAGCUCCGACCGGAGCAUGCACGUCUACAAGGUGCGCGACGCCAAGAAGGGCGGCGCAGGCGGCGUCGAGGUGCACGCAGUCGGCAAGAACUCGCGCCUCGAGGUGCAGCGCCGCCCGCUGUCGGCCUCGUCGAGCUCGGCCGGCCCGAGCGCCUCGUCGACGUCGUCCGGGUCGCUUAAGCGCGCGCGCAAGCCGAGCGAGGCCGCCGCUCCCGACCUCCUCACGCCGAGCUCGAGCGCCGGCGCGACGGCGAGUCGUCCGGGCAUGCCGGCGCGCGCGUCGUCGACCCGCAGCGACGUGUCGGACCGCUCGACGGCGACGACUGCCGCGACCACGACGGGCGGCGCCGAGGUCAUGAAGCCGAUGGACCCGCCGACGGGCAUCCCGCACCACCCGCCGCCGCCGCCGCCGAGGGCGCACUCGCACUCGAGGCGCAGCUCGACGAGCGGCAGCCAACCGAGCCAGAGCCCGAGGUUGACGCCCGUCGCGAUGCCUCCCGGCGGCAGCGGCGGCGGCAGUGGCAGCCUGUCGAUGAGGAGCCCGAGCCCGGCGCCGCCCCUGCCGGCCGUCAUGCUCCCCCUGUCGCCCAAGAUCUCGCCCGCGCCCGCGCCCGCCGCCGCCGACGAGCUGUCCUCGAGUACCGCCCACUCGCAGCAGCAGCACCAGCAGCAGCAGCCGCUGCAGACGCAGACGAUCAAGCUGUACGGCGACGCCAACAGCACGCCCUUCUUCCGGCGCCUGUGCUGGAGCACCGACGGCUCGCUCCUCCUCACGCCCGCCGGCCUGUGGGAGGACCCAUACGCCGCCCCGGCGUCGCUCUCGGCCUCGGGCUCGGGCUCGGGCGCGCCGUCGUCGUCGAAGCGCGACAAGAAGGACAAGAAGGACGAUCGCGCCGCACCAGGAGCCGGAGCGACCGAGCCGCGCCCGACCGUCUACAUCUACUCGCGCGCCAACGUCGCUCGGCCGCCGGUCGCGCACCUGCCCGGCCACCGCACGACGAGCAUCGCGAUCCGGUUCUGCCCCGUCCUGUUCGACCUGCGCUCGUCGUCGUCGUCGUCGUCGGCCGCGGGCUCGGGCUCGGGCUCGGGUGCGGCUGCGGCGGGCCCCGGCGCCGUUGCGGUCAAGAGCGGGAGCGAGGUCGAGCGUGUCGAGCUCGAGGGCGAGGACGAGGGCGUCGCGAGGGUCGAGCUCGGGAGUGAGACCAAGGACGUGAGCCUCAUCGGCCCGUCCUCGUCCUCGUCCUCGUCGGCGGCGGGCGACAAGGGCAAGGCGCGCGCGCUCGACGGCGACGACAAGGACAAGCCGCAGAGCAUGUUCGACCUGCCGUACCGCAUGGUGUACGCCGUCGCGACGCUCGACUCGGUGUACCUCUACGACACGCAGCAGGCGGGCCCGAUCGCCAUGUUCGGCAACCUGCACUACGCGCCUUUCACCGACCUCACCUGGUCGACCGACGGCCAGACGCUCGUCAUCUCGAGCCAGGACGGCUACUGCAGCGUCGUCGCGUUCGAGCCGGGCGAGCUCGGCACCCUGUACGCCGACCAACGCCCGUGGACCUUUCCCGCCGAUGCGUCCGCCGCCGUCGCCGCCGCUUCGACUGCGCCAGCGCCCGCUCCCUCGCCCCGGGUCAAGGUCGAGCCCAAGCCCGACAGUGGCGGCGCGCUGCCGUCGCUCUUUGCCAAGGUCGCCUCGUCGUCGUCGUCGACGGGCGCCCCGACGAGCGCGAGCGCGGGCACGAGCACGUCUGCCGUCGUCGUCGACCUGACGCAGUCCGACUCGGCGUCGUCGUCGCCGGUCAAGCGUCCCAGCUCGGCAGCAGGUGCGGGCUCCUCGAGUGCGGCGGGUGCGAGGGACGGAGCGCAGGACGAGGACGGGCCGCCGCCGGAGAAGAAGCAGAAGAAGCGGGUGGCGCCGACGCUCGUGCGGCCGCUCGGGUCGUGACGAGGUGUGACGCGGCGAGGGCGGCUUGGUCUGUAGACGAGGGCAAUAGCAUCGCUUUGCUUGA